AUGGCCGCAAAAGUACGUUGCUGUGUAGUUGGCGCCGGUGCUGCCGGACUCUGUGCGCUCAAGUAUGCGCGCGAAUAUGGCAUGGAGGCGGUGGCGUAUGAGAAAUAUAACGAAAUCGGCGGCACCUGGGUAUGCACGGAGCAUGCGGCGGACGGCUGUGCCGCAGCGGAAGAUGUACACAGCAGCAUGUAUGAUGGAUUGCGAACCAAUUUGCCAAAGGAAGUAAUGAAUUUUCCUGACUUCCAAUUUCCAACGAAUAUGCGCGAAUCUUACAUACUGGCCAGUGACGUAUUGAAAUACUUUCAAUCUUAUGCCGAACACUUCCAACUACUACCACAUAUCAAGUUGAGGCAGGAAGUGAUACGCGUGCGGCCCUUACAGUGCAAAUGGGAGGUGUUAACGCUUGAUUUACAAAGCAACAUCUACACGACGGAGCAAUUUGAUUACAUUUUCAUAUGCAACGGCCGCUAUGCGACGCCCUCUUAUCCGAACACGCCGGGCAUUGGUCUUUUUAAUGGCCAUAAAAUACACAGUCAUGUCUUUCGCAGAGCAGACACAUUCAAAGCUGCCACCGUUCUUAUGGUAGGCGCAGGCCGUAGCGGUAUGGAUAUCACCCACCACAUUUACCCCUUUGCCGAACGUAUUUACCUAAGUCAUCAUCUCCAACAAAAGCCGCCAAUCACCGAUUUUAUGCCGAAUGUUGUGCAGAAGCCGGUUGUGGAACGCUACACGGAGAACGGCGCCGUAUUCAAGGAUGGCACGCAAGCCAACUUUACGCAUAUCAUCUUCUGUACCGGCUACGACCUGACGAUACCCUUCCUCAGCGCCGAUUGCAACCUGCAAGUGCACGACAAUUUAGUAUAUCCUCUCUACAAGCACUGCAUCAAUAUCUACCAUCCCACAAUGUGUUUCAUUGGUCUGCCAAUUUAUGCCUAUCCAAUACAAUUGUUCGACCUGCAAAUGCGUUUUGUCAUGCAAUACUAUAGCGGAAAACUGCAACUACCAAGUGCGAAGGAUAUGCUGGCCGAUACGGAGCGUGAUUUAGCAGAGCGCAGGGAGCGUGGCUUGCCGCGUAGGAAGGCGCAUUUAGUGGGCGAACGACAGUUCGAUUAUUAUGAUGAGCUGGUGGCAUUGACCGGAAUCGAGAAUAUUAGACCAGUGAUCAGAAAGCUAUCGAAAAUCUGUGGUGGUAAAUUUCUUUACGAUUUACAAAACUACCGCAAAACGGCAUUUAAGGUGAUAGACAAUGAGCAUUUUGUACAAUUUAAAUUAGGCGAAGUAUAA